UUUCCAGAGCUGGCACUGUAGCACUGUUCUCUGUAACUUGGCACCCCUCUUGCCUCUUCCCCUGUCCAUGAUCGGGAGGGCUAGGGAGUCUUUCCUGGAGGGUUGGCCCUCAAAGUGGACAUGGUAAGGCUCACUGUUGAUUAGGAGGGGAGAAGGGGGACACAGCUGUGGGGUACUUCAUAGAACACACUUGCCUGUCUCGGCUCCUACCAGAAUGUGAUGCAGACUCCUGUGUGUGAAGGCCCUGGGUUUCAGGCCGUCUAUAGCUGAAACCUAUGGCUUGAAGGUCUCAUCUUGAAAAGAGAACCGUGGACACAAUGAGGUUUUCUGUCCCCAUGCGGUAUGACCGGUAGCACGGGCCCAGUGAGUCUUUGUCCGUGCCCCGUCCCUUCGGUUCCCACCCCUCCUGCCUUCAGGUCACUCCGCAGUCGGGUCUGGGAGCAGAGGACGAGCUUUUCUCGCCGGACUCGGCCCCAGACCCCAUGUGUGUGGCUGUGACGUCCGCUUCGCCCCGCCCGCCUUGGGUGGUGACGCGGGGGUGGACACGCCCCCGCGCUUACGUCACCAGCCCGGUUCCCUCUCCCGGGAGCGUUGGCGGACGCGCGGCUCCCACCCCCUCCCCUCUCACGGGCUCUCCCCUCCCCGGUGGCGGCCGCGGCCCGACCCUCUGCAAGGCGAUGGCCCGGGCCCCGAGCGCGGGCUAGCGUGCCUGGGUGCCCGGCCAUGGGCUGUAUCGGCUCUCGGAGCCCGGCGGGUCAGGCAUUUCUGGGGACCACCAGCUGGCUGAGGCUCAGGGACAGAGACGGCUGCUCCAGCUAAAGUGGCCUCGGAUCCGGCGUGGGCUGUGGAGUGGAUCGAACUUCCUCGGGGCCUCUCUCUAUCUUCCUUGGGAUCUGCUCGGACCCUCCGAGGCUGGAGCCGGUCCUCCCGCCCUUCCUCAGUGGACAGCCAGGACUUGCCAGAGGUGAAUGUUGGAGACACAGUCGCGAUGCUGCCCAAGUCCCGAAGAGCCCUAACUAUCCAGGAGAUUGCUGCGCUGGCCAGAUCCUCCCUGCAUGGUAUUUCCCAGGUAGUGAAGGACCACGUGACCAAGCCCACUGCCAUGGCCCAGGGCCGAGUGGCUCACCUCAUUGAGUGGAAGGGCUGGAGCAAGCCAAGUGACUCGCCCGCUGCCCUAGAAUCAGCCUUUUCCUCCUACUCAGACCUCAGUGAGGGUGAACAAGAGGCUCGCUUUGCAGCAGGAGUGGCCGAGCAAUUCGCCAUUGCAGAAGCCAAGCUCCGGGCAUGGUCAUCAGUGGAUGGGGAGGACUCCACCGAUGAAUCCUAUGAUGAGGACUUUGCUGGGGGAACUGACUCAGACAUGGCUGGGCAGCUGCCCCUGGGGCCCCACCUCCAGGACCUCUUCACCGGCCACCGAUUCUCCCGGCCUAUGCGCCAGGGCUCCGUGGAACCCGAGAGCGACUGCUCGCAGACCGUGUCCCCAGAGACCCUGUGCUCUAGUCUGUGCAGCCUGGAGGACGGGUUGUUGGGCUCCCCGGCCCGCCUGGCUUCCCAGCUGCUGGGCGACGAGCUGCUCCUCGCCAAACUGCCCCACAGCCGGGAAAGUGCCUUCCGCAGCCUGGGCCCAUUGGAGGCCCAGGACUCGCUCUACAACUCGCCCCUCACAGAGUCCUGCCUUUCUCCCGCUGAGGAGGAGCCAGCCCCCUGCAAGGACUGCCAGCCGCUCUGCCUGCCGCCAGCGAGCAGCUGGGAACGGCAGCGGCAAGCCUCUGACGUAGCUUCUUCUGGGGUGGUGUCCUUAGACGAGGAUGAGGUGGAGCCAGAGGAACAGUGACCCAAAUCAUGCCCGGUGGUGGCAUGUGUCCCCUGGCCGCUGCUGGGGGCAGAGCCUCUGUGCCCAAGCACGGGCGAGGCUUCCAGCAGAGCUCCAAAGCCUGGAGGGCUCCUGGGAGCACUCACUCCUCCAUUGUGUGUUUGCAUGAAAGUGUUCAGAGGAGGCAGGGGCCAGGCUGGGGGCGCAUGUCCUGCCCCCACUCCUGGGGUUUGCCGGGGGUUGCCCGGGGCCCCUGGGGCAUGGCUACAGCUGUGGCAGACAGUGAUGUUCAUGUUCUUAAAUCAAAACCACCACGUGCACAUUUCCCCCUUGGGUGAUGUGAACCCCUAUGGGGGCAGCUGUGACUGGGCUGUGUGGGGUGGAGCGGGAGGGAGCCCUGCCUCCCCACCCCCUCCCCCUGCCUCUCCUCUGCUUCUCUCCUCACCUCCGAGUCCAUGUGUAGUGCUUGACAGAAUUGCCCCCGCCUGGGGUGGGGGGUGGUUCUGACCCUCCUGGAGCCUCUGGAUUGAGCUGUCCCCCCAAGGGCCCCUCGCCCAGCUGGGCUCGUGCUGUGCUUCACCUGUCCAUCAUCUCUAAAUCUUCUUUUUCCUAAAGAGGGGUCUUGGUCUGUUCUUUCAGUCGGAUCUUCUCUGGGAGGCACUGGAAUGAUGAAGGCCUGUACUCUCGGCCCUUUCCCUGGCCCCCCUGGCGGGGUCUGGGCCCUUUCCCAGCUACUUGUAGGACAUGUGGGCAGGGUCCUGGUGGCUCUCAGCCCGGGGGCUGCCCCAUUCACUCGAGAGUUCUCUUUAGGGUGGAGCUGGAAGAAGGGAUGGCUCUGGUUGCCACGGAGCCGUGAUUUGGAUGUUCUUCCAGAGAGGGCCACGAGGGGGCCACACAGGUGGCUGGGCAGCUGUCAGCAAGACGGGUGCCAACGAGUGACAGUCAUGAGGGAGCGUCUCUCCUUGGGGAGGAAAGAGGGUAGUGCCUUUCUUGGCUGAACAAAAGGCCAAAGCUACCUUACUGGGGGACUGCGCCCCAACCAGGGUGUUGAUGAGCAAGCGGUGGCGGUGGCCUCUGCAGACCCUGCGUUCCAUGGACAGCAGGCUCUGGAGUUUCAUGGCUGUCGGGAGGUGGGUGGCUGCUGAAUCUGGAGCCUUGUAGGCUUUGGCAGGUGAGAGGGCCCGAGGUAAGAACAAGAGCCGGUGGGCACAAGCAUUCUACAUAGAAGUGGCUCAUUAGGUGUUUAUUUUGUUCUAUUUAAGAAUUUGUUUUAUUAAAUUAAUAUAAAAAUC